UGCCCCACUUUGUUGUGCGAGCAGCAGCAGCGGUCUGCAGGCGUGAGCGGGGCUUGUCGCUGCAUACGGCUCUGCCCGGGGACGUCGGUGGUUUGCUGUGCCCUCGCCGCUCUCAAUAUGGAGUUUUUAAUGGGGAAUCCGUUCAGCACGCCGUUGGGACAGCGGAUCGAGAGUGCCACCAGUUCCAGCCUGCCAUCAGAAGACUGGGCCCUCAAUAUGGAAAUCUGCGACAUGGUCAACAGCUCAGAGGAAGGACCCAAAGAUGCAGUCAGAGCGAUAAAGAAAAGGAUUAUGGGGAACAAGAACUUCAAGGAGGUUAUGCUUGCGCUCACCGUCCUGGAGACUUGUGUGAAGAACUGCGGCUACAGGUUUCACAUCCUGGUAACGACACGGGAUUUUGUAGAGGGGGUUCUGGUCCGGACAAUAAUCCCAAGAAACAACCCUCCAUUAGUCCUGCAUGACAGAGUGCUUAGUAUUGUACAGGCGUGGGCUGAUGCAUUCCGUAGCUCACCCGACCUGACGGGUGUGGUGUCGGUGUACGAAGACCUGCGAAGGAAAGGACUUGAGUUCCCCAUGACAGAACUUGAUGGUUACUCACCCGUCCAAGCCACACAAAAGACUUUGCCUGGGAACGGUCCUACUGUCACUACUCUGCCUGCUGUGCGCCUAUCUUCUAAACCUCCGCUCAUCCCACCCCAGACUUCAGAGCUAAAACUGGCCCUAGAAGGAACCAAUGCCUUCACUCCCAGCCAGAUUCAAAAGCUGAAGACAGAGCUGGGAGUGGUGCGAAGCAACCUGACUAUGAUGUCAGACAUGAUGAGUCAGCUGGAUCCUGUCACGGUAAAACAAGCAGACAUGGAGCUGCUGGAGCAGUUAUACACAGUAUGUAAGGACAUGCAAGAGAGGAUAGUGAAGAUCGUCCCCAGACUCAGUGAGGAAAAGUUGAUUGAAGAGUUGCUGGCAACCAACGAUGAGAUGAACACCGCCUUUACUCGUUACCAUAGGUUUGAAAGACGGUUAACAAAUGGUCCAAACACAGCCCAAAAGAACCACACAUACGUCAACCUAACGGAGCUCGAUUUGACAGCUGAGUCUCUUAGCCAGUCAAGGGUUGCAUCAGUUAGCAAUGACAACUCACUCAGUCAGUCGAAAGCUGACAGUUUGUCCAGUCAGAUGGCAAGACUGAGUACAAGUGAAUCAGAUGGCACAUUAUCGCAGAAAAUCAAUAUCCCAGCUCAGCAAAGACCAAGCGAGCGGAGUGACGUUGCGUUCGACGGCCUGGCUCAGGCUCAGGACAGCAGACUACUGAACACAGGAACGGAUGGCAGCCCAGCCUCCACCUGCAGCUCCUCUCCAAAGUUAGAUUGGAUGAUUAAAAGGGGAAUGAUUCCUAUCAACCAGUCCACUGUAAUGGAUGAUAUUGAGAAAUGGCUAGCGUUGGAUGAUGAGUAUGAUGACUUUGAGGAUUCAGAUGGUGUUACCAGUGAAGAGUUCGACAGGUUUUUGGCUGAAAGAGCAAAAGCCGCUGAGCGCCUGCCAUCGGUGAGAGCUUCCUCACAGGAUACCAACCACUCAGAGUCUUAAGCCUCACUUUAAACCGGCCAAACUAACAAUACUCAUGAAGCUCUCGCGCCAUCGGCUGAGAAGUUCUUUUAGCUCAAUGGUUGAAUGGCACAUUUGACAUGGGAAUAACAACCCAUAUCUGAGGAAGGAUGUCAUUGCUGUGUAAACUGCUCUUUACUGGGGGAGCAAUGUUGUUUUAUAACUGAUAAAAAUUGUUGUUAUUUGAUGAAGGACGGAGGUUUUUACUUGACAUUGUUAUGAGGGUUUGUCCAUGUGUGGAAUGCAAACAUUUGCACAUUUUAUAUGGUUACAUUCCUGCUGUUGAAAGAGAAAGAGCAUAUUGUUACAGAAACCUUUUGCAACAGAUUAUGUAUUAUAUUGCUGAAAAAUAUAUGUUGUCAAACGUGGUGAUGGGUUACAGAAAACGCCCCUGUCAAAGUAGCAAACACUGUAAACCUGUAAGCUCAGCUGUUACAUAAUGAAAUAGUUUGAUGCUUCACGUGUUUAUUGAUGUAGGGUGUCAAAGAAAACUGAAUGGAUUUUGUUUUUUUACAUCCACUAUUCCCUUGUGAAGACGUCUUACUUGAAGUUUAACAGGAAGUCAUGACAGACUGCUGUCAGAUAUUAAACUAAAACUAUUAACUGGAA